GUCACGGGGCGGGCCUUAGAUGCGGGGGGGGGGCACUUCAGUGGCUGGAAAGUCGAGUAAAGGGUAGGGAACCCUAUGGCGAAGCGCUCCGAGAAACGAAGUCGCCCUUUUCUGUCGAUAGUUUUUAAACAUUAGUAGCCUAUUAUAGAGUGGCGUAUUUAAUACGGCGACAGAACCCUGCGCUUCAUCGCCUUUCCGUCGGGGAGAAGAAGGAGGGCUGAAAGCCCCGUGAAUGAGCGCUGCUCCGGCGUGGUGGUUUGUGACUGAGAGAGUGCCAGCAAAGAGGGAAAAGGGUAGCUCAGGAAGCAGGGAUGGUGGACAACUCCGGCAGCAGCAAGGCGCAAAUGCCCAGCUUGUCGCAAGAGGGUAGCCUUGGCAUUGCCUAUCCUCAGGGUGGUGUCGCUGGGGUGAAGCUGGAGGCGGUGAUGGAGCAGCUCCAGCGCCAGCAGCAGGCCCGUUUGGAGAUGGAGCGGAAGGAGAGACACAUGCGCGAGUCCCACAUCAAGUAUGGGCAGCAGCUGGCAGCGCAGCAGGCCAUCCUGGCGGCCGCCCGCGCUUCAGGUGCCGCCCUGGGACCCGGCUUCCUGGGCAAGGCCCUCGGGGGUGCCGUCUCGGGGGGCGGGCAGCAGCCUCAGGCCUCCACCCAGAGCAACAUGGUGGACUCGGAGCGGGAGGACGACGAAGACCGGGGCCCAGACUCGGAGGAGGAGGACGAUGACGAAGAGGAGAUGGAGGGUGUUGAGGGCAGCGAAGAGGAUGGCGAGGACGGCGGUGGCAGUGCCCUGGAGUACCUCCGGAAGCAGACCCUAGCUCUCCAGCAGGGGGCAUCGCGACUUCCCGCCCGUCCAUUUCCUUUGUACUCUGCCGCUCCCUUGACCCCUGGGGCCCAGCGGGGCGCCUCUCCACUCGUCAGGGUGAAGCAGGAGCCCGAAGACGGGAGCCCGUUGCCGGCAGGGUCCCAGUCAUCAGCAUCGCCCAACGGACAAGCUGACUGGGGAUACGGGGAGUCCUUCAAACAGAACGGGAGUGCCGCCUGGAAUGACGAUGCUGACGGAGGCAGAGGAAGAGGAGAGGCGUCCAGGGACUUUGCCAAGCUAUACGAACUGGACAAUGACCCAAACCGCAAGGAGUUUUUGGACGACCUGUUCCCUACAUGCAAAAACGAGAUCUGCUCUUCCAAGUAUUAG